GUUUUACGACUUCGUGGAGGUAUGCAAAUUUUUGUUAAAACGUUAACUGGAAAAACCAUCACACUGGAAGUAGAACCAUCAGACACAAUUGAAAACGUGAAGGCCAAGAUCCAGGACAAAGAAGGUAUUCCUCCAGACCAACAACGUUUGAUUUUUGCUGGUAAGCAAUUGGAAGAUGGUAGAACAUUGUCUGAUUACAACAUCCAGAAAGAAAGUACCCUCCAUUUGGUUUUACGUCUUAGAGGUGGAAUGCAGAUUUUUGUUAAGACACUAACUGGUAAAACAAUCACCCUUGAGGUAGAACCGUCUGACACAAUAGAGAACGUAAAGGCUAAAAUUCAAGAUAAAGAGGGUAUUCCACCAGACCAACAAAGAUUAAUUUUUGCUGGCAAGCAGCUUGAAGAUGGUAGGACAUUGUCUGAUUACAACAUCCAGAAAGAAUCCACCCUUCAUUUAGUUUUGCGUCUUAGAGGAGGUAUGCAAAUUUUCGUGAAGACCCUCACUGGUAAAACGAUCACUUUAGAAGUUGAACCAUCAGAUACAAUUGAGAAUGUUAAAGCAAAAAUUCAAGACAAAGAAGGCAUUCCACCAGAUCAGCAGAGGUUAAUCUUUGCAGGAAAACAACUGGAAGAUGGUCGUACCCUCUCCGAUUAUAAUAUUCAAAAAGAAUCCACUCUCCAUUUGGUACUCAGAUUGAGAGGAGGAAUGCAGAUCUUUGUAAAGACUCUUACUGGAAAGACCAUCACUCUAGAAGUUGAGCCAUCUGAUACAAUUGAAAACGUUAAAGCUAAAAUUCAAGACAAGGAAGGUAUUCCUCCAGACCAACAACGUCUAAUUUUUGCUGGGAAGCAGUUAGAAGAUGGUCGCACCCUUUCUGACUACAAUAUUCAAAAAGAAUCGACUCUGCAUUUAGUUUUGCGUCUCAGAGGUGGUAUGCAAAUCUUCGUCAAAACAUUAACUGGUAAAACUAUAACCCUUGAAGUAGAGCCAUCUGAUACAAUAGAAAACGUCAAAGCCAAAAUUCAAGACAAGGAAGGUAUCCCACCAGAUCAACAACGUCUUAUUUUUGCCGGGAAACAGUUGGAAGAUGGACGAACCCUUUCAGAUUAUAAUAUUCAGAAGGAAUCUACAUUACAUUUGGUAUUGAGGCUUCGAGGUGGUAUGCAAAUUUAUGUUGAAACAAAAAUUUAAGACAAAGAGGGCAUUUCUAAUUAAUUUCGAUAUUUUCUAUAUUUAAGGUUUUUGUACCUUUUAAAGAAUACUGAAAUAAAAGUUCUUCAAAUUUA